AUGGACCAUGGCCUUAGCCACGCGUCAGACGGGAUCGCUGAUGGGGUUGCCGCUGUGUGCACAGCGGUCAAGGGUUCGCACAUGGUGGCGAGUCAGUCCACCUUUGACCUGACAAGGGAUAUGCUUGCUGGGUGUGUGUACUUACGACACUCAACCAUUAGUAUCAUGACCACUACUACCAACCUCAUACGAACAUACUUUAUCCUCCCACUCUGUAUACCUAUUUCGUACAAAACUUCCCUCAUUUUUCCAUCGUCCACGUCCAUCAUCACAUCCCCCCACCUCCUGCUUCUCUCCUCAAUGCGCGCGGCAGGAUCAAUCACAAACACACCGAAAUAUCACCGAUGGCGUCCCACUCUGUACAUUGAUUGUCGGCUGGAAACUUCUUGGGAUCGACAAGCCUCCUUGUCCGCAUCCACAUCCACAUCCACGUGGAUUUCUUCGCCCACUGGUCUCUCGCGCCUCGCCUCGUCUCGCCUGGGUCUCGCCUCGCGUCCCCUAACCCUCCCCGAGUACUUUGGCCUCGUUACGACUCAACCGCCUUAG